CGCGAAGAUCUAAAAAAAUACGGAAGUGUUUUUACGGAAAUGCUGUUUACGUUAGAGUUGUAUUAUGAGUGUUUUUAGAUCGCACACUGACAAUACGUUUUUAUGUUAAUUAUAUGUGGAUGAAAAACAAACAAACAAAAAACUUUUGAUAACUACACUUUCCAUUUGACACGAUUUAAUGGAACAAUGGAAUAAAACAACACAUACGAAUACCAGUGAAUCUUGCAUUUGAUGCAUUGAACAACAAAGGCUGAUAGGAUGGAUGAUAUCUACACUUUGCAACAAGAAGUGGGACGGGGCAGCUAUGGAGUGGUCUUCAAGGGACGCGUAACAGAGACUGGCUGGUGGGGCGAGAGGGGUGACACAGUGGCCAUUAAACGUCUACCAUGCUGUAGCCCAGAGAGUAUCGAGCUGUACCUGCAGGAGCUCUGGGCCAUGAGAAUCACCGCACGGAACCAUCCCAAUGUCAUCGCUCUAUACAACUGCCUCUUACAGACUGGACCUAGAACACUGCAGCCCCUAAGAUCAGGGAAGCUGCCUUUGGAUUUGGUGGAGAGUGUUCUCAAAGGGAGAGUGGUGGACAAAGACUCGAAAACCCAAAUGAGAAAUCCCUCCAGGUCAAAGAGGAGGCUGAUGUCCACCGAGGAGGUUCCCAGGCGCUGUCUUGCCUUUUGGUUGGUGAUGGAGUACUGCGAGGGAGGGGAUUUAAACCAGUACAUUCUGUCCAGGCCGCCGGAUGCUGAGUGCAACCAUGCGGUGGUUCAGCAGCUCAGCAGUGCCAUUAUGUUCCUGCACGGGCAUGGAAUAGUGCACCGUGAUAUAAAGCCAGAUAAUGUUCUUGUCUGUCUUACUAAAGCAGGACCGGUCAUGAAGGUGGCAGACUUUGGCCUCAGUAAGAUGGUGGACAAUCCUACAGACGGUGUCCGGAAUAGACUGGCUCUUUCCUCCACCUGCGGCUCAGACUUCUAUAUGGCUCCAGAAGUUUGGGCAGGCCGUAGUUACACAGCCCAGGCUGACAUCUUCUCUGUGGGUGUGCUUUUUUGGGCUGUGCUGGAGAGAAUCAUUUUCCUAGAGGAUGGCACCAAUCAAGAACAACUGGGUGCAUAUGUAAUGCGAGGCCGCUGGCUCACCCCGUUAGGUGAAGCGCUGUGUCAGAAUCCCGACCUACAGUUGACCAUCCCUAUGAGGGCAAGACGUGCUCCGCCACUGCCGCCGCCUCCAAACCACGCUAUGUGCGAGCUACUGCUGGACAUGCUAGAUUCAGACCCUGACGCCCGGCCCACCGCAGACCAGCUGGAGAAGAGGGUCCAGCGUGCCAUAAAGCUGCACUGAUCUCAGAGCAGCAUGCUACCAACCAGUCUACUGAAUAACUUGAAGAUGAAGCCAAUAAAAGUUAUCGAACUGAUGUGGUACUGUUCGUCCAGUUGGAAAUUGAGACUUGAAAAUAGAUUUAUGUGUUACUUGCCUUGCAUUUUCAUUUAGGGCUGUGUAUCUGUUACUAUAUGAUGCUUAAUGAAUUGUACUAUAAUUUCAAUGCAAUUAGAAUAUAGGGCUGCACGAUAUAUUGAAAUAUCGCAACUGCUUGUGAUAAAAAAUGACUUUAAUACUUCAAAAAAUGUAUAUAUAUAUAUAUACGUGUCAAAGAGUUGGUGGUAUUUAAUUGUUUGUUUACACUGCUAAAAAUAAUUUUAUUAUGUAAUGCUACAGUAAACACGGUUGUUCACAUGA